AUUUUGAAUAUACAGUAGUUCAGCGGGGCUGGAGUCGGAUUGCGUCGGAUGUUUUUCGCCUUGUGAGAUGUGCACAGCGGGUUGUGGGUUGUUGUUGUUGUAUUCCUCGGCAAUGCUCAUCGUCCAGGCCUGUAUUUAACAUUUAAAUGAUAGCGCACAGCUAGGGAAGGCGUGUUUUUCUUCUGAGCCGCGUGCACACUUGAGACUGCACUGCUCGCAACCUGACAACAUGGACUUGCACAUAUUGGACCACAGGCUUCGGGUCAUCAGCAUAUCCAAGAAUGGGCUGGUGCAUUUCACACACCCCCUGAUUAAGCUGAUAUUUCUCCGGAACAGGACACGAUGCAAGUUUUUCAGUCUGACGGAGACGCCGGAGAACUACACCGUCGUCCUUGACGAGGAAGGAUUCAAAGAGCUCCAGCCCUCCGAGCAUCUCAAGGUAGAAAGCUCCAUCUGGCUGCCGCUCAACGUGGUCUCAAAUGGCAACGCCUCCAGCAGCUCGCAGGCCGUUGGCGUGACCAAGAUCGCCAAGUCGGUCAUCGCCCCUCUGGCCCAGCAGCACGUCUCCGUCUUCAUGCUCUCCACCUAUCAGACCGACUUCAUCCUGGUGAGAGAGAAGGACCUGUCCGUGGUCAUCAGCACCCUGGAGGAGGAGUUCAACAUCUACAAGGAGGUGGGAGGAGAGUCAGUCCCUGUGCUUUGUCAGGACGUUUCCAACGGCCUCCAGAAGAACGGCAAAGAAGCCAUCCAGCCGACAGUUCACCCGGUGCUGAUCCCGCAGAACCAGUUCUGUGUCAUGUCUCUGGACCCGGACACACUGCCGUCCAUCGCCACCACGCUCAUUGACGUCCUCUUUUAUUCCAACAAUCCUAAAGAGGAUGCACAGUCGUCUCCCAGCCAGGACUUGGACUGCAUCACGUUCUUCUCCUUCUCCCUCAUCGAUGGCUACAUCUCACUGGUGAUGGACACUGAGGCUCAGAGAAAGUUUCCUGCUGAUCUCCUCUUCACGAGCUCAUCCGGGGAGCUGUGGAGAAUGGUCCGUAUAGGGGGACAACCGCUGGGCUUUGAUGAAUGCGGUAUUGUUGCCCAGAUAUCUCAGCCUUUGGCUGACAGCGACAUCUCUGCCUAUUACAUAAGCACCUUCAGCUUCGACCAUGCUCUGGUCCCCGAGGAGGACAUAGUGAGCGUGACAGACAUGCUCCAGCAUCAGAGGAAAGAACCAGCCACUAGUUGAUUUGUGAAGUCCAGCCUGAGCUGGAUGAUCCUGGCUCAAUAUGCCGCCCCUCACUCCAGCUCCAGUGGCCAAGGGUGGCAGGCCAGCAGGACAAGAUUCUAACCCUGUGCCUAGACUAGCACUGCAUCGCCAGCAGUAUUAACUACUACAAACUCGCCAUGAACACCAGAAGCGCUUCUCUAUGGUGUGCAUACACAGUUUGUCUGUGAGGCCUCCUAUCUUACCUAUCUUAAGGCAGGAUGCACCGAGUCCCAGGGGGCCCACAAGCUCACGCAUGCACACAAACACUCCGAAAACACAAACGCAUCCAGACACUCGUUCAUUCAAAUUCACAAGCACAAAAUCAGAUAUAUGAUGGGCUCUUUCUCUCUAAUGCAGGUGGUCUCAAGUUGAAUUGUUCAUAUUAUUUAGCUGCAAACAGCAGAUCACACCUGCAUACAUUUCACCAGUGCUAUAAACGCACAACUUAGUCUUCCAGUAAUGUUUGUAUCCUAAUGCCAUGUGUCUAAACGGCCUUUUUUUUUUUCAAAUUGAAGGCCAUUUUGCUGCAUUUUUUUCUUUCUUUCCACUGAAAGCGUGAAGCUUGAAAUGCAAGGCAGUUGUGAGAGUGUUGAUCUUACAAUAAUUUUCAAAAGAAAACUGAGAAUUUCUAUUUUUUGACAACAGGCCUCACUCAUUUUGGUUUAAGAGGAAUGUGCAGGUAGUUUUUCUAUAUAUUAAAACUACUUCAAGCAGGACAGUAGGCUUCGUUAGUGCUUUUUUUUUUUAAAGAAGUCCGCAUUUCUUAACUGUAGUAUUACCCAAGGUCAGUAACACUAUGUCUUAUCUUUUGUUAUUUGCACAAUAUACUUUUGACUUAGCUAAUAUCCCUCAGAUGUUUUCUUUGGUACAACGUUUGUAAUAUUCAAAGUAAAAGUAUUCUUUAAACAUUUGUAAUUUUUGUGCUGCUUCAUUCAAUAAAAUGUUGAAAUGAGUUACUCUUUGUUGACUUCUUGGCACGAGCCAGUUCCAUUCUUAAGGCAUAAAUGCAGGUUCAUUUGCAAAACUGUAUGUGACAUCAAAUACUGACUACCUUGUGACAGACCGAUGUCUUAAAAUCUGUCAUUCAUCACUCAUGAGUCAACGAUGUGAAGUUAGGAUGACGGACUAUUUAUGGCUUUUGGUUUCCAUACAGUGCUGAUAAUGACUUUCCAGGACCAUCCCUGUGGUGUUUGGUUUUUGCCUUAAAAGGAAGUCUUGGAGUCAUCACUUUAAAGGUGUCUUUAUCAUUGGUUUUGAGUCAGGGGUGAGUAUAACGAGGAAAAAAAAAAAACAUUUAAAAAAAAUCUCCAUCCCAGCUGAAUGUACAGCGGGGCUCAGAUUAGUGAUAUUCCUCAAAUGGUAACAACGGGAGCAAACAAGGCACUUGCACAAAGCCAAGACUUGGUCUUAAUGCCUGAAGCUGGACUUAACUGAAGAUUCAACAAACUCGAUACAUUCCUUCAGCUUUCGAAAGAGGCUGUCUGGUGCAAAAUCUCAAUUCACAACCAGCAUGUUUACCUUCAGGAAAUUAGUGGAUGACUUUGUCUUUGAUGGAAUUUAUUUGUGAUUCUGCAAAUGAAAAGUAUAAUUGAAUGUCAUCUGCAUAUAAAUGAGAUUUUCCUUUUAAACCGAUGAUCUGUCUUAAGGCGAAGAAAGGAAUGGAACCUUUGGGGCACAGCAGAGGACCGAGAUCCAGGUCUGGACAGACACCAUCAGAGCGGUAAAGUAACAUUUUACUGCAGGUUUGAUCCACUGAUUGUGAUUCAAUAGUUAACAGGUUUUA